AUGGGGAAAAAUAAGCGGAAUACUUUUAAUGAUAUCAAGGAGAAACUUGGUAAAAACCUAGCGGGAUGGAAGGAGAAGCUGCUAUCUAAAGUAGGCAAAGAAAUCCUCAUCAAAGCUAUGGCUUUGGCAAUACCAACAUACACUAUGGGUUGCAAGGUAUGUAGACUUGUUAUUGAUUUUGGAAGCUGUGAGAAUGUGGUAUCAGAAGAGGCUGUUCAAAAAUUGGGAUUAGCAACAGAGAAGCACCCUAACCCUUACAAACUAUCUUGGCUCAAAAGGGGCAAUGAGGUAACUGUAUCUAAACGUUAUUUGGUUUCUUUUUCUAUUGGGUUGAAAUAUAAGGAUAAUGCAUGGUGUGAUGUGGUAGUUAUGGAUGCAUGUCAUCUUCUCCUUGGUAGACCAUGGCAAUAUGAUAGAGAGGUUCAACAUGAUGGUAAGAAGAAUACAUACAGUUUCAUGUUUGGUAGCACAAAAAUUGGAUUGUUGCCCUGUAAGGAGAUUGAACCUAAGCCAACUUCAAGAGGGGGUAAGAAUCUCUUAGCUAAAAGGGCAUUUGUUGAAGAGAUGUUUGAUUCAGGGUUGGUGUUUGUAUUAUUGGGAAAGGAGAGCUCAAAGGGUAGUGUAGUACCAGAGGCUGUGCAAUCUUUAUUAGAUGAAUUUGCAAACGUAUUUCCUAAUGAUCUACCUGAGGGGUUACCGCCACUCCGAGAUAUACAACACCAAAUUGAUCUUGUACCAGGUUCUAAUCUACCUAAUCGCCCACACUACUGUAUGAGCCCAAAAGAGCAUGAAGAACUUAGAAGACAAGUAGAGGGUUUGUUGUUAAAAGGGCACAUUAGAGAGAGUCCUAGUCCCUGUGCUGUGCCAGCCUUACUAUCACCCAAAAAGGAUGGAUCAUGGAGAAUGUGCUUCGACAGUCGUGCCAUCAACAAAAUUACAAUCCGGUAUAGAUUCCCUAUUCCUUGA